AUGUUCAGCGAGAUGCACGAUAUCGCCUCGCAACUCGUGAUGAAAUGGGGGCGCCAUGGGCCUGAGCACAAGAUACACGUUGUGGACGACUUCACCCGACUGACUUUGGACACGAUUGCAUUGUGCGCCAUGGACUACCGCUUCAACUCAUACUACUACCAGAAGAUGCAUCCAUUCGUGGAUGCCAUGUCAGAUUUCCUGAAGGUCAGUGGCGACCGAGCCCGAAGAGACCCGAUAUCACAGAUGUUCUACCGUGCAGAGACUGCGAAGUACUGGGAGGACAUCGAAUUAUUGCGAAAAACGAGUAUGGAAGUCAUCAAGAACAGGAGAGAGAACCCCACAGAAAAGAAGGAUCUCCUGAAUGGCAUGCUGAACGGAGUGGACCCCAAGACGGGAGAGAAGAUGAGUGAUGAGAGCAUCAUGGACAACAUGAUUACCUUCUUGAUCGCUGGCCACGAGACGACGUCUGGACUUCUAUCAUUUACGUUCUACUACCUGCUCAAGAACCCAGCUGCCUACGAGAAAGCACAACAAGAGGUCGACAGCGUCAUUGGAAAGGGACCGAUUACCGUGGAUCAUUUGUCGAAGGUGCCAUUUCUCAACGCAGUGCUCCGAGAAUCCCUUCGUCUUUCGCCAACCGCACCAUCCAUUGGUUUGACGGCGAAACAGGAUACCGUGCUUGGCGGAAAGUACCCUGUCAAGGCAGGCGCGCCAAUCCUCACCCUUUUCCCCUUGAUUCAUCGCGAUCCACUUGCCUACGGAGAAGAUGCAGAAGAGUUUCGACCUGAGCGCAUGUUGGAUGAAGAAUUCGACCGCCGCAACAAGGAGUACCCCAACUGCUGGAAGCCUUUUGGAAACGGAAUGCGAGCUUGUAUUGGACGCCCAUUCGCAUGGCAAGAAGCCCUACUUGUGCUUGCAAUUCUCCUGCAGAAUUUCAACUUCUCUAUGGAUGAUGCAUCAUACAAGCUGCAGAUCAAGCAAACACUUACUAUCAAGCCCAAGGAUUUCUACAUGCGCGCGCAUCUACGGAACGGCGUGUCGGCUACCAGUCUUGAGCGAGCACUUCAGUCUGCUACUCUACAAGAGCCUCCACCUGCUAACGGCGGCCAAGCGGUCAGGAAACAAAAGGCGAACAAAGGGAAGCCGAUCGCUAUCUACUACGGCUCCAACACCGGCACAUGCGAAGCUCUCGCAAACCGGCUUGCAAGUGAUGCUGCAAACCAUGGUUUCAGGGCUGAUGUUGUAGACACUCUCGAUGCAGCGCGCGAGAACUUGCCUACAGACAAGCCGGUCGUCAUGGUUACUGCCUCAUACGAAGGUCAGCCUGCAGAUAAUGCAGCUCACUUCGUCAACUGGAUCGGUACGCUCAAAGACAAGGAAUUGGAGAAAGUCUCGUAUGCCGUCUUUGGAUGCGGUCACCGUGACUGGGCCAAGACGUUCCACAAAGUUCCAAAGUAUCUGAACACUACGCUCGAGGAACGUGGUGCUACAAAAUUAGUCGAGAUGGGCACCACCGAUGCCGCUUCAGGGGACAUCUUUACAGACUUUGAGACCUGGGAAGAUCAGGUUCUAUGGCCUGCUCUGCGUGAAAAGUAUGGCUCGUCUGAGGUUGAAGGCGAAGGUUCAAUGGAAGCUACUCUGGACGUGGACAUCAGCACACCUCGAUCAACGAUCUUGCGCCAAGACGUUCGCGAAGCGCGUGUAGAGGAGGUUCAGGUCUUGAGUGCAAACGGUGUUGCCGAAAAGAGGCACAUUGAGAUCAGCCUGCCAUCGGACAUGUCGUACUCUGCUGGAGAUUACUUGGCGAUAUUGCCGCUCAACCCGAAGGAGAACAUCCGUCGAGCUACCAAGUACUUCGGUCUAUCGUGGGAUAGCAUGUUGACUAUUCAGUCCGCUGGCCCAACUACACUGCCCACGGAUACACCCAUCAGUGCAGUUGAUGUCUUCGGCGCGUAUGUGGAGCUUGCUCAACCAGCCAGCAAGCGCAACAUUCUCACUCUCGUCGACGCGACUCGCGAUGAAGACACAAAGACACAACUCUUGCGUCUCGCAGAUUCCGCUUUCACAGAGGAGAUCACUGCAAAACGUGUCUCUGUGCUCGACCUUCUCGAGCGCUUCCCAUCCGUCCAGCUGCCACUUGGCGUCUUCUUGAAGAUGCAGCCACCGAUGCGAGUCCGCCAGUACAGCAUCUCCUCGUCACCACUCUGGAAUCCGAACAACGUCACCCUCACAUACGCCGUUGUCAAUCAACCCGCACUCAGCGGUCAAGGACGCUACGUCGGUGUCGCAACAAACCAUCUCUCCAAGCUCGCACCCGGAGACAAGCUCCACGUCAGCGUCCGCGCAUCCCACCAAGCUUUCCAUCUCCCCAAGGAUGGGAAGUCCAUCCCGAUUAUCUGUAUAGCCGCCGGUACCGGCCUCGCUCCCUUCCGUGGCUUCAUCCAAGAACGCGCUGCUCAACUCGCCGCCGGGCGCACCCUCGCCCCUGCGCUCCUCUUCUACGGCUGCCACUCUCCCGACAGCGACCUCUUAUAUUCUGACCUUCUCAAGAAAUGGGAACAGCUCGGCGCUGUAUCCCUACGCUUUGCAUUCUCGCGCCAGCCCGAAGCAUCUGAAGGUUGCAAGUAUGUGCAAGAUCGUAUGUAUCACGACCGCGCGGACAUCAUCGAGUUGUUCAAUCAGGGCGCGAAGUUGUUUGUGUGCGGAAGUCGGGAGGUGGGAGAUGGUGCGGAGGAGAUGUUGAUUAAGAUUGCUAAGGAAAAGUUUCAGGGUGAGGAGGGGAGGGAAGCCGAUGAUAAGAAGGCGAGGGAGUGGUUUGAGGAUUUGAGGAAUGAGAGGUUUGCGACGGAUGUUUUUGCUUGA